AUGGAUCCUGAUAAUUUACCGUCGUUUUGUGAGUUACGUAAAAAUCACAAAUUAAAAUUGAAAUUGAAAUUAGGCUUCUAUGCUGCGCCUAGUAAUUUGAAAAUAUUCUCGAAGGCAAUCAAAGACGAACUUAAUAAGUUAAAAUUUACAUACUGUUCUGAGUAAGUUUUUACCAUUAUUAUUGGUAUUUAUUUUAUAAAUGCCUAAUUUCAAAUAAACUAAUAACCAUUGGUUAUCACAUCAUUGCUGAAAAAAAUGUCAAAAUAUCGAAAACAAUAUCUACUUAAUGAUAUGAACUGUGCGAACAGACAAAUUUCAUAAACAAACAAUUGUUUUUUAAUGUAAUACAUAAUUUAAAUGGAAGAAACAAAAUGAAGUACUCAGUUUAGUAUCCAUGCUCAUUUUGAAAUUUAAAAAAGAAAUAUUGUGAGUUUUUAAGUUUUAAGCACAGAAUCUGAAAGUAAGAAUCUAAAAACUAUUGUUUUUUUUUAUUUUGAAAGUUAUAAAAAAAAAAUACUGAUUGAAUAUAAUCAAAACACCAUAUUAAAAGACAAAAGAUUCAAUUUUAUCCAAUUACCUGAAAAUAUUAAUUUGUGUUUGUUUUCAGUAACUAUGUUAUACCAAACCAAUGCCAAUUUAGUUAUUAUAAGUUUAGAUACUAAUUAAUAUUAUAAAUAUAUUAUUUUUCAGUUUAAAUGGAUUGGUUAUGGGAUUUGGUAAAAUAAAGUCCAAUGAACUUAUUCAAGCUGAUUUUAGACAUUGCAUUAAUGUGGCUAUUACGUUUGAUGUAUCCAUAUUCAGACCACCGGUAGGAUCUAUAGUUGAAUAUGUUUACAACUAA